AUGGAGGAAGCAAUGGCAUCUGUAGCGAAAGCCACCAGGAGUUUCUUGGUUAAGCCACGGAGGGAAUUUACCAUCUCAAGUCUGCACCUUAAGCUCUACUUUAUAAACACUUUCUUGUUCGAAGUUGGCCUACUUGUAGGUGACACAAUCAACAGUGGUUCGUUGAAAGAUUUAGAUCUCGCCAUUCUCGAUGAGAAAGAUUCUUUGGAAUGCAGUGAGGAGGAUAUGCUGCAGCGAGCGCAAGAAAUAUAUUUUCUUUUCACUGCCCACCCUAGUGUGCUCAGCUGCCUCACAAAGCUCUCUCUACAAAAUGUAGACUUUGACAAAUUGGACAUGCACCAUAUCAUCUUUGACUGCUGCAAGCAACUAAAGCAUCUAAGCCUCACUGAGUGUGAUAUUGGUGGUGAUGUGUAUCCUUUUAAGAUUGAUGCACCAAACUCAAAACUAUGUGUUCUAGAGCUCACUAAGUGUGGCUUUAGGAAACUUGAGGUGGUCUGCCUUCCAAAAUUGGAGAAGUUCAAUUUGAAUUCUUGGCUUUUUGACUAUGUGCCAUUGGUCUUUGGUUUUGUCCCGUCUCUUGGAGAAUUAGAACUCAUAAGUACGCGAGGGUGUUAUGAGGAACUUAAGUUAAGUGAGCUUCUAUAUGGAACCACAUACAUACAUACUCUCACGUUGGAUUUCGAAGGAGAAAAUCUUUGGAUGCAACCUGAAAUGAGGCAGCUUUGCCCAGCUUUCAACAAGCUAAGGAAGUUGUUUGUGCAUGGUAUCUUUGUUGAAUUUGACAUUUUAUGGACGAUGGCCUUUCUUGCAGCGGCACCAUCUAUUGAGAUGUUACAUAUUGAGGUAUGGGACCAUGUAUGCGAUGUGGGUGAAGUGGAAGACAAUUAUAGACGACAGAACAACACCGAAAGAAGGACUCCUCAGUGGGAUGUGGACUUUAACGACACCAAGAAUUGGAUUUUGAAAGAGCUAGAAUUCAUUGGCUUCAGGUCAGUAGAACAACAAUUUACAUUCAUAAGAUCUGUGUUGCAGCGAUCUCCCAACUUGCAUAAGAUAGUUCUGAAAAGAGAUGACGAAUGUGACUUAUGUUCUACUCAUGGUGCACUGCCUUCAAAAUUCCCCAAGAAGGAUGAACAAGAAAUGAUCAUGAGGCGAAUUAGAGACGACACAUUCUCGCCCCAAAUAGUUUUUGAUGAGUAUUCUGAAAGGAGACGAAGAACCUUUGGAAUUUGCCAAGAUGGAUGA